GCCCACAUGCCCCUGGGCUGCCGCACUGGAUUUGGAGGUGCUGCAACCGGAGGCACAGGCAGGACCACGGCGCUGUUGCACCAUGUGGGAAAGAGGGCAUUGACUCCAGGGGUCACAUUACGGAGUCAAACUUCAAGAGAACCGACCAGCCCCCAGGCAUUCGCCUGCGCAAGAAAAUACAGGAGCGCAUCCUCAAUGGGGAGUUUGUGGAGCUGUUUUCCUUGCUAUCCCAUGCUGCUUUGACGAGCCUAAAAGCCAAACCUGCUGAGCGGCAGAAAAAAGACAAAAAAGUGAGUGUUGGGUGUAACUUCCGUAAUUGGCUGACCACAUUCUCCACCUACAUGGGAGUGAUAGUGGCCACUUUUCCUGACAGGGGUUGGCACCUGACCAACUACCUGCUUAUCAUUUUAAAGGCCAAAGCCAUGGCUGGGGAGGUAGCGACGCUCGCGUACAAUGAAGCAUUCAGGGAGCGGGCGACAGAGGAUGACACAGUUAG